AUGGCUGAAGAAGAGAUGAGUUCCAGCUCAAGAAGAAUCUUGGCUGUGUCCCUUGAGAACGAAACGGCCGUCUUGUCAAAACUGGUAAAAGACCUCACGGGAAAAGCCCCAGAAUCACCAGACCCUGCUCUUGGUCUCGCAGGCACAACACAUCCACUCUCACUCAAAACACCAUACUACUCUACAACAGUCCCCAUCUGGCUCGACCUCAUCGGAUCACCUUCCGACUGGUCAGAAUCCUUCCUCACAGAAGAAGCGGCCGAAGUUCUCGCCGUUCUUGGAGGUGUCAUGGUUGUAUUCACUGCAGGACCUGUUUCAGCUUCAAAGGACCACCCCGCAAAGGAUCUGGUAGAGCAUGUCGGAAAGGUCCUGAAGAAGGGACUCGGAGGAUGGGAGUGGGACGGAGUCGGGUUGGCGAUUGGCAUCGGAGGUGAUGGGCAUGAUGAGGAAUGGGAUGAGAUCUGUGCCGAGGCGGGAUUGGAGUUUGUAUCCGUCGGAGGAAAAGGCGAUACUGGCCGUAACGAGUUUGGAGAGAAAACAGGAGUUGCGCGUGUAAAAGAAGCGCUCGAAGCAAAUGACUGGUCACAGCUCGAGGCGCCCCUAUCAGGUUCUGAAUUUGGCGAUUUCGAGACCAGUUCUGCGAAAGGCGACAAAGAAGAAGAGCUUGAUCCUCAAAAGAUGGGUUUUGGAUUCGACAAGACGGAUUUCGAAGGUCUGAGACGGGCAAUAUGGGAGGCAAGCCAGGAUGUUGAAGAGCCUAAAGAUGCAGAUACAACGGACAAGGGCGCAUCUGAAGCACCUGCUGCCGGAGGUCUAGAAGACCUUGAUGAGGAAGAGAUUGCCAAGAUUGAAAAGAUGAUGAGAAAAUUACAAGCGGUGAGGGAAGCGGGGGAGGGUAUGGGAGAGGAACAAAGGAAAAGAAUGGCUGCUAGGGCUGUUGAGGAAGUCAUGAGAGAUCUGUAA